CUUUUGGGGGCAGAGAAUAUUUCCAAGGUAAAGCAAAAAAAAAAGCACACAAACACAUUGUUGGAGAAAAUUCAGCAGAAGAACUGAGGUUGCAGUUUUGUACUCUGUUUUCAUUUUAUUAUAUAUUCGAGUAGAAAGGAAGUGUGAUUUUCCUUCUCUGUAACUGAUUCGCAGACUGAGAGCAUGGCUUAUGUUCCACCUCAUAAACGACCUACUUCCAAGAACGAUGACGGUAAUCAUGAAGGUUCUUCAUCACAGACUCCAUUACCAAAGCCAGCUUUUCCUCCUUUUCUCAUCAAGGAAAAAAAUCUCAAACACAAGUCUGCUGCUCGAACUACCAGUACUACUGCCCACUACCGGGGCCCAGGUUAUAAAUAUGAUGGUAUAUUCAGAUGGUUCGCUGUUGGUUUGGAUGAUCAUAAUCACUUGCCACCUUCUGUUCAUCUCCACUCCGUUUCUGGGAAAAAUCUCAUCCAUGGGAAAAUUUCAGAGCGUCAAGUUUUAUACUGCGACAGUGAUGAGAGCUUUACAAGACGGCCAUGGGAGUACAUAGCAGAAGAUGUGCUGCAAGGCUUGCUUUCUUCUUUUGCGUAUAUUAGGGACACUAUGAAUCAGAACCACGUAAAAGUUACUUCAGAUGUAAUCGCUAGAAUUGGCAAAGUACUUUUUUUUAGUGGGCCUUCAUAUUAUGGAAAAAAAAUAGAGGAAGACUCACUGAGGCCGCGGAGAAGCUCAUUUUACACAAAUAUUCCAGAAUCAUAUGUGGAGUACUUAAUAAAUGAAGGUGCCUCAAAGAGUGGCCUUGAAUUUGAGAAGGAGAAAGAAGUGUAUCGUGUUUAUUUUGGUGACGUAACACAACCAGAUAAAAGUAGGAGGUGCAAAUGUAGGGUACUGAAAGAAGAUGAAAAGCUACAUCUAUACAAGAUUGAGCACGACCAUACGCGUUACAUGCUCACGGACAUAUCUUGCCUUGAAAAGAAUUUGGACAUGAGGCUCGAUCUAGCCACUAAAAGAACUAAAUCUGUUCUUACUGAUGAGGACAUGCAAAGCCUGAAAGAUUUGAUUAGUUCUGCUAUUGUUGAUACAAAUCUUAAGAUUGGUCUGAGAUGGCCUUUGGAGAACACUGAGUCUGGAAAUAAAUUUUAUGUGGCUGAAGUUUGGCGCAUAACGCAAAAAACAUUCAAGUGUCCAUCGCUAACGCUUCAGAUCAGAGAUGUUUUUCGGUCUACAAGUGAGGAAGCUAAAAGGGAGGUUGCUGUUAAGUUUAAAGGAUUAACUUCAGAACUUCUGAAAGAAGAUGCUGAUAGGAAUCUCAUCAGUGAAAUGCUUAAGGAUGACUUGAAGGUUCUAUGGGACAACGUUCUUUGCUGUGAACGCUUUCCAAAAGAAAUUAGUCUUGGUUAAAGUAAUAGACCAACCUGGUUUGCUGUUGGUUAAUUUUGAUGAUCAUGAUCAUGAUCAGUUUCCAAACUUAUGUUCAUCUCCAACCUCCAGCAGAAGAUGGUGUUUUAGUUAACAGUGAUGUUGCUAAACAUUAAUCAGUAAUUGUCUGUGUUUUUGGUUGCUUUUCUAAUUUUGACAAUUGGAUAAGGAAAUUGUUUGAUUAUGUUUUGCUUCAUAGAAAGUGAAAUUGUUUGAUUAAUAACAGGCUUGUGGUUGCCUCUU